AUGUUUGUCGGGCUAGUCAUUAAACUAGCGCCUGGUACCAUCAUUCAAGAAAUGGUCAAGUUUAAACAAGGUUUCUUUUUCAACCUGUUGUUACCACCCAUUAUUCUCAACUCGGGCUACGAACUAAAGAGGCGAAAUUUUUUUCUCAAUUUUGGCACCAUUUUAACCUUUGCCAUGGUGGGCACAUUUAUUGCUGCUGUAGUCACAGGUGUGUGCACCUAUUUGUAUGCAUUAAUUAAUCCAGAGGGAAUUAGCAUCUCAUUUUUGGAUAGCAUGAUUUUUGGCUCCAUCUUAUCCGCGACCGAUCCUGUUACUAUCCUGGCCAUUUUCAAUCAAUUACAUGUGGAUCCUCAAUUAUUCUCAAUUAUUUCCGGUGAAUCCUUAUUAAAUGACGCCGUCGCCAUUGUGCUCUCCGACACCCUGCGCAAAUUUCGUGGUCAGGACUUGCAUGUAGUGAAUAUAGUGAAAGGUGUUGGUCUCUUCUUGGGCGUCUUUUGGGCUUCCACGUUUAUUGGUAUCCUGUUUGGAGUGGUAGUAGCACUCAUGUUGAAACACUCUCAACUCUAUCGUUUUACCAGUAUCGAAUCCUGUCUCGUCUUAUUAAUGGCUUACAGCAGUUACUUCUUUUCAAACGGUACACAAAUGUCUGGCAUUGUCACUUUACUUUUCACGGGUAUCACCUUGAAGCAUUACGCAUAUGAUAAUCUUUCCAAAACCAGUAAACGAGCCACCAAAUUCAUGUUUCAAAUCCUAUCACAACUAUCCGAAAACUUUAUAUUUAUUUAUCUCGGUAUUAAUUUAUUUACACAAGACGAUUUGGAUUACAAGCCUCUCUUUAUUUUGGUCACCUUGGCUUUUAUUUGUAUUGCACGUUAUGCUUCGGUCGCUCCCUUGUCCAUGAUGAUUAAUGCUGUAUGUCGUGCUUUUGGUCGAGAAGAUCAGUUGCCUCGUAAUCAUCAAAUGAUGUUAUUUUGGGCUGGAUUACGCGGAGCUGUGGCAUUUGCAUUAGCGUCGGGUAUCACAGGCGACAGUGCACCCGCCAUGCGUACCACCAUUUUAGCCGUGGUGGUAUUGACCGUUCUCUUGUUUGGUGGUACAACCAGUCGAAUGCUUCAAGUCUUGGAUGUCCGCACAGGUGUGAUCGAGCCCGAUGAAUCAGGCAGUGAAGGAGAAGAAGAGGAUGGUAAAGGAAAAUAUACCAAGGUGAACAACAACGAUGGGUUGAUGGAGACAGGACAAGGCACAAGUCGAUACGCAGAUCAAUCUAUUGGUGGUUUAUUAUCCGGACCACUGGGAGAACCUAUUCCCGAAGAUAGGCCACCGCAUUGGUUUGUAUCCUUUGAUGAAAAAUGGUUAAAACCUUUCUUAACGAAGAGACAUGUACAACAACGCAAUUUAACCUUGGCAGAGUACUGGCGAGAAAAACGCAGAAAGAUGGAAAGAGCGAAUCGAAAUAUGUUGGAUGGGAUUCGGGAUGAUGAAAAUCAGAGUGAUACCUUAACUUUGAAUUCUGUCAAAACAAAUCAGUAUCAAACAAGGCCUUCCAAUAUCGUGGUGGGUUCUGGUAGAGUCUUUGGUCGCUCCCCUUCCAUUGAUUCUGAUGAUGAAUAUAAUGAUCAUUUGCAUUAA